AUGGAUCCAUGGGGUCAGGAAAGCCAGAAGCAGGGGAACUGGAGAGGCACCCAUAAAUUUGUGACAGAGGGGGAGCACCUGAUGCUCACAGCCAUCACCAAAGAACAGUCGGGAUCUUAUGAAUGCAUUGCAUCUAAUGACAUCUCAAGCCCGGAUGUCAGGACAGUGCAAGUCACCGUCAACUAUCCUCCCUUCAUUUCUAAAGCGAGGAGUACAGGCACUUCAGUUGGACAAAAAGGAAUUCUGCAAUGUGAAGCCUCUGCUGUCCCAAGGGCAGAUUUUGAGUGGUACAAAGAAGACCGCAGGCUCCUCAAUGGACUAAACGGGGUAAAGAUAGAGAAUCAAGGGAAACAGUCUAUGCUUAUCUUUUUCAAUGUCUCAGAAGAAGACUAUGGGAACUACACUUGUGUUGCUAUGAACACCAUGGGAAUCACUAAUGCCAGUAUAAUACUCUAUGGUCCUGGUGCAAUGCAUGACGUGAACGGGGCUGCUGCGCUAUCACAUUGCUUUGUAUGCCUCCUGCUUACUAUAACCUCAGUCUACCUUCUCAAGUUCUAAUGUGAAAUGCUACCACCUUGGAGCUUCUCUCAGAAUUGAAAACCAAGAACAGACUUUUAGUCCUGUAAGAAGAAUGGAAACCCAAGAUUGCCAGUGGUCCACCCUAUUUUUUUUCUUUUUCUCUGUUGUUUUUCUUUCCUUUUUCUGGCUUUGCAUCAGAGUCUGUUCUCUGUUGGCUUGUCAAGAGUGAGAAGCAUCAACCUGCAGAAGCAAAGAUUUUAAAUAAUGCACUAAUUUGAUGAUGGUAGAACUUCUGAGUUCGUGUCUCCCCCAACCUUUUUAUAUGUGAACAUGGAAAAAAAAAUACAUGUAACUGUUGAUAGUUGACUGUUUAUUGCCCAAUUCUGAAGUGUACAUUCAGAUUAUUAUUAUUAUUAUUAUCGUGUCAUGUCCUGUUCAAUAUCUGUACAAUAACAUUAAGCUUUUUUAGGUAAAUGAUAAAAAGGGAAAAAUGCAA